AUGGGCGCGCUCGAGCUGCGAAGCGCGACACACGAGCGCGACCCAAACUGUGUCACUCCUGAAAUACGCAGGCCAGACAAAGCAGUGCAAGCACAUAAUGUGGCAACACCGACGCGUGCCUCCUCAGCCGCCUCCGCCAGCUCCAGCCCGACACCAACGCGUGCAGCAGCAGACAGCGCAGCCGCCGUAGCCAGCUCCAGCCCUACCCCAUCGCGUGCCGCCUCCACCCCGUCGUCAUCGCUGGUGGUGCGUACCAGUGCUGAGUCGUCACCCAGUGCACUGACGGAUGAGACGCGGCCGGAUCAUCCUUGCAUCUCCACCAACUCCAGUGCCAAUACGGACGCAGCGAAGCUCUCUCUGGCGCCCACAUGCGCCGAGAUCCCACAGCUGUCAACGGAUGACACUGCAGCCCAGUCGCCAGCGACAGCGGCAGCUGCUGCUGCUGCUUCGUCAGGAGACGGGAACAGCUCACAAGGCGGCAAGCCACCUCCAUCACCGCCAUCCUGCCCGCUCUCGGACAUGGCCUGUCUCAGCUCGUAUGAGAUUGAUGGCUUGCGACGGCUGCUGGCCGAGCUGAACGUUUCCACGACGAUGGUGAGGGCGUGUCCCGAGGAGCUGGGGGAUCCUGGGGAGCUCAUGUCGACCGUGGAGAAUCUGCGUGUGUCGCCCGCACCAAUACCUGACAACAUUGUGGAAAUAGUGGCAGUUGAAACAGAGAUUGUAUGCAAGUCCUCAGCUGCUACUGCAUCUCCAAGAAAGACAGCAGGUAUAUCAUCUCGUGACGACCACAUAAGUCUGAAUUUGAAGUGCGAAGAUGCUUCAGCAACCACAUCGUACUUUUCCAUUGCUUUCAUUGUGCUUCUACUGUGAUGUGUGUAACUUGUGGGGUAUAUAUGUGUCGUGAUGACAUUGUAUGCUGGCGACACGGUCAGAUUUUGUCCAUGCGUGUAACGUACACCUGCAUGUUAUGCAUUGAAAAGGAUCUGCCACUUGCGAUCCUGGGACAAGUAUCAGGUCAGCUUUGUCUUGUGUGGGCUGUACCAGAUUGCUGUUCACUUUUCCAUCUGUUGGAUAUGUGACUUACUGCAAGUUUCUGGUGUAUGGUGGCCACUUCUUUGCUUGUCACUUUGUAUGAUAUUACAUUCUGUAUUCGCUGCUUCCAUGGCGUGGUCUGCAAACUGCAAUCCUUGGGCAAAUGUCAUGUUUGCUAUGUUAUGCUUUGGCCGUCAGCUUGUCUACACGUUGUAGUUGAAUUAUUUUGUUCCACAACUGACUUCCUUUUAAAAGUACGGUGGCCACUGCUUUGCAUGGCAUUUUA